AUGUCUUCCAAAACCACCAUCAGGAGUCAAACCAGUCACCGAGGCAUCAAUGUCAGCUCAGCCAUAUUGCCAAGGCUAAACCACCCUGGCUUCAGCAGUGUGUCUGUGUGCUGUUCCGGGGGCAACAAUGGCUCUGGGGUUCUAUUUGGAGGAGCUGGCUUUGGCAGCAGGAGUCUCUAUGGUGUGGGGAGCUCCAAGAGGAUCUCCAUCGGAAGGGGCAGCUGUGGCAUUGGGGGAGGCUAUGGCAGCCGAGUUGGAGGAGGCUUCAGCUUUGGAGGAGCCAGCAGUGGAUUUGGCUUCGGGGGUGGAGCUGGCUUUGGUGGUGACUAUGGGGGUACUGGAUUCCCUGUGUGCCCCCCUGGAGGCAUCCAAGAGGUCACCAUUAACCAGAACCUGCUCACCCCUCUGAAAUUCCCACCCCCCAUCCAGAGGGUGAGGACUGAGGAACGUGAGCAGAUCAAGACCCUCAACAACAAGUUUGCCUCCUUCAUCGACAAGGUGCGGUUCCUGGAGCAACAGAACAAGAUCUUGGACACCAAGUGGGCCCUGCUGCAGGAGCAGGGCACAAAGAUCAUGAGACCGAAUGUGGAGGACUUGUUUGAGCACUAUAUCAGCACCCUCAGGAGAGAAGAAAACUACAUACUUGGGCAGAGGAGCCACCUUGACUCAGAGCUGAAGAGUAUGCAGGAUACAGUGGAGGACUACAAGAACAAAUACGAAGAUGAAAUCCGCAAGCGUACUGCAGCUGAGAAUGAAUUUGUGACCCUGAAGAAGGAUGUAGAUGCAGACUAUAUGAAUAAGGUUGAACUGCAAGGCAGGGCAGACAGUCUGGCAGAUGAGAUCAACUUCCUGAGAACUGUCUUUGAUGCAGAACUGUCUCAGAUGCAAACUCACAUCUCAGACACAUCUGUGGUCCUCUCCAUGGACAACAACCGCAGCCUGGACCUGGACAGCAUCAUUGCUGAGGUCAAGGCCCAAUACGAGGAGAUUGCUCAGAGGAGCCGGGCUGAGGCUGAAUCUUGGUACCAGACGAAAUAUGAGGAGCUGCAGGUCACAGCAGGAAGACAUGGAGACGACCUGCGCAACACCAAGCAGGAGAUUGCAGAGAUCAACCGCAUGAUCCAGAGGCUGAGAUCCGAGAUCGACCAUGUCAAGAAGCAGUGUGCCAACCUCCAAGCUGCCAUCGCUGAGGCUGAGCAGCGUGGGGAGAUGGCCCUCAAGGAUGCCAGGGGCAAGCUGGAAGGGCUGGAGGAUGCCCUGCAGAAGGCCAAACAGGACAUGGCCAGGCUGCUGAAAGAGUACCAGGAGCUCAUGAAUGUCAAGCUGGCCCUUGAUGUGGAGAUUGCCACCUACAGGAAGCUGUUGGAAGGAGAGGAGUGCAGGCUGUAUGGUGAAGGUGUUGGACAAGUCAACAUCUCUGUGGUGCAGUCCACCGUGUCCAGCAGCUAUGGCAGUGCAGGUGGUGCCAGCAGCAGCUUGGGCCUGGGAGGAGGCAGCAGCUACUCUUACAGCAGUAGCCAUGGCCUUGGAGGUGGCUUCAGUUCUGGCAGUGGCAGAGGCAUCAGUGGUGGCCUCAGCUCCUCUGGUGGCAGCUCUUCCACCAUCAAGUACACCACCACCUCCUCCCGCAGGAAGAGCUACAGGCACUGA